CACAGGAAGUAGGCGUCAGUGUGAGGAGGCGUCCACAGGAAGUAGGCGUCAGUGUGAGGAGGCGACCACAGGAAGUAGACGUUCAUCUUGAAGCAGCAUCGGAGACGUUGCCAGUUGAGAGCGUGAAACCAGGAGAGAAACAAGAUGGCUGAACUCAGACGGAUUGUAACGUCUUCAUUCCUGAUGCUGCAGGUGUUGAGCUCUACAGCAGCAUCUGUGGAACAUUCCUUCUUCACCGUCAGAGCUGGAGAUGAAGUCACUUUGCCUUGUGAGAACGUGACACCUGAUCAGGACGAGUGUGACAGGACUACUUGGCUCUUCAUUGGUUCAGGAAAGGCAGAAAUACUGUUUGACGAUGGGAAGAUUCAUAAAGGAGCAGAAUAUAAAUCAGACAGACUGAGUGUUUCAGAGAAUUGUUCUCUGGUCAUAAAGAAGGUCUCAGAUGAAGAUGAAGGUCUUUAUCAGUGCAGAGAGCGAAAAGAAAAUCAAGAUGCUGUGGUUUUUCUCUCUGUCGUCACCAUGAGUGAGCUGAAGAACCCUGAUGAGGUCACGUUUAUCUGCUCUGUGGUGACAUUCAGUGACAGAUGUUACCACACAGUGAAGUGGAUGAAUGAGGGCAAAGAGAACGAUGUGGUGACAUCACAGCGUCCAUGUUCAGCCUGGUUGAUGAUUAAGAAAUCUCACGUUGAUCAGAAGUCUUAUGAGUUAUUGAAAUGUGAAGUGACUGAUGGUGACAGUGGAAGCGUGCAUCAGUUCCCCUUCCUUCGUCCUCCGUCCUCAGCAGCAUCUGUGGAACAUUCCUUCUUCACCGUCAGAGCUGGAGAUGAAGUCACUUUGCUUUGUGAGAACGUGACACCUGAUCAGGACGAGUGUGACAGGACUACUUGGCUCUUCAUUGGUUCAGGAAAUAGAGAAACACUGUUUGAAUAUGGGAAGAUUCAUAAAGAAGCAGAAGAUAAAUCAGACAGACUGAGUGUUUCAGAGAAUUGUUCUCUGGUCAUAAAGAAGGUCUCAGAUGAAGAUGAAGGUCUUUAUCAGUGCAGAGAGCGAAAAGAAAAUCAAGAUGCUGUGGUUUUUCUCUCUGUCGUCACCAUGAGUGAGCUGAAGAACCCUGAUGAGGUCACGUUUAUCUGCUCUGUGUUGACAUUCAGUGACAGAUGUAGACACAGAGUGAAGUGGAUGAAUGAGGGCAAAGAGAACGAUGUGGUGACAUCACAGCGUCCAUGUUCAGCCUGGUUGAUGAUUAAGAAAUCUCACGUUGAUCAGAAGUCUUAUGAGUUAUUGAAAUGUGAAGUGACUGAUGGUUACAGUGGAAGAGUGCAUCAGUUCCCCUUCCUUCGUCCUCCGUCCUCAGCAGCAUCUGUGGAACAUUCCUUCUUCACCGUCAGAGCUGGAGAUGAAGUCACUUUGCUUUGUGGGAACGUGACACCUGAUCAGGACGAGUGUAACAGGAUUACUUGGUUCUUCAUUGGUUCAGGAAAGGCAGAAAUACUGUUUAAAUAUGGGAAGAUUCAUAAAGGAGCAGAAUAUAAAUCAGACAGACUGAGUGUUUCAGAGAAUUGUUCUCUGGUCAUAAAGAAGGUCUCAGUUGAAGAUGGAGGUCGUUAUGACUGCAGAGAGUUCAGAACAGGAACACAAGAACAUGCUGCGGUUCAUCUCUCUGUCGUCACCAUGAGUGAGCAGAAGAACCCUGAUGAGGUCACGUUUAUCUGCUCUGUGUUGACAUUCAGUGACAGAUGUAACCACAGAGUGAAGUGGAUGAAUGAGGGCAAAGAGAACGAUGUGGUGACAUCACAGCGUCCAUGUUCAGCCUGGUUGACGAUUAAGAAAUCUCACGUUGAUCAGAAGUCUUAUGAGUUAUUGAAAUGUGAAGUGACUGAUGGUGACAGUGGAAGAGUGCAUCAGUUCCCCUUCCUUCGUCCUCCGUCCUCAGUGAGAUCUGAAAAGGACAUCAACCAAACAGAUCAAGCCCUUCCCUCCUCAGACUGGACCAGGUCCAUCGUUGUGGUUCUGGGUUUAGCCGCACUCAUAAUGAGCGUUGUUACCGUCAACAUCUGGACCAGGACUAAAGUGAACAAACGUCUGAUGGAAGAAGUCACAGAGCGUCAUGAGGAAGAGGAGGAGGAAGAGAAGGAGGAGGAAGAGGAGGAGGAGGAGGAAGAGGAGGAGGAAGAGGAAGAUGGCAUCUAUGACGACAUUGGAGAAGCUUCUGCCUCCGUCUCACUGGACUGAUGAACAACAUCAACACAGAGUUCACUGCUGUUAGAUAUCCAGACAUCAUAGAGGGAGAAGAUGAUCAUUCAGAUGUUUUAUGUGCAAAGUUACAUCUAUAUUUAUAUAUUUAUAUAUAUAUACACACAUAUAUAUAUAUACACACAUAUCUAUAUAUAUAUGUGU